GGGGUGGUGGUAAACGUCAAAAUUUUUGAUAGGAAAAAAAAUGUCGGAUUUUUCGCAGGUGUAAACAAAAAUUACCAAGAAAAGUUUAUCGAAAAAGGUCAUUCUAAUGGAUAUGCAGGGAAAUCGUAAUCGGCGAAUGGUCAAAAUCAAAUGGCUAUUUUCGAGCGGGAAAUUAGUAGAAAAGUGUUGCUAGACGACACCGAGCCGAUAACUUGCAAAAUCGAAAAUUGGCAAAACGUAAAUGGUCACACAGAAUUCAUAAUCAAAGUUCGUAGAGGCCCCUUCUCGGACCAGACCUGGAAGGUUCACAAACGUUACAAUGACUUCCUCAAGCUGCACCAGCUGUUGCAAGUGUCCCAGAUCCCUUUGGAGUUACCCCCGAAAAAGCUUAUUGGAAACCUGGACCCACAAUUUAUCAGUGAAAGACAGAAGGCCUUACAAAAAUAUCUAGACACAAUCCUAAUGAAUCCGAUAUUGGUUUCGUCGUUGCCAGCAAGAUCUUUCGUAGAUCCUGCCAAUUAUUGUCAGCCGUUCGCUGAAGUAGCUUUGCAACAUGUAUCUUUGGCCUUGAGAGGUGAAUUUGGUUGGGAAGUGGCCGGACCUUUAGCUGAAAUAGGAUGGCGGUUACGUAAACAUUUUUACACAAUCAAACACAAAUCUAAAUCCAAAGACGAACUGAUUGGUAGCUGGACUGAUUAUGGUCCUGAUAAGUACUUAGAUGACAAGGAUAUGCAUUCGGUUUUUAAGAGUCUACAUCAAAUAGAACACCCUUACAUUGGUCAGAUUGGUCUUUGUUUGUGCACAGAAAUUGGUGGCCUUGUGGUGAGAGACAUGAACAAAAAUGGUUCCUUGAGGGACUUACUUUGUGGUGCCAAGCCAAAAUUGUCUUUUCUAAAAAAAUACGGCAAUCCUAAGGGCCAUAAACUACUGACAACUGACGACAUAGCCUUGUAUGGCAGACAAAUAUUGGAAGCUUUAAAGUUUUUGCACGAAAAAGGUUUUCCUUAUGGUCACCUACACAGCGGAAAUAUUUUAAUUGAAAAUGAUAGAAUCAAAUUGACUGAUAUUGAAAAUGGCGUGCUAGGAGUACCGUCCUAUUACAGGCCGUAUUUCAUGCAACAUAAAAAAAUCAGUACACUGGAAGCUAUUGAUGUUUACUGUUUCGGACAUGUACUUUACGAAAUGGCCAUAGGUACGCCGUUACACGAAAGCUACAUUGAAGAAAUUUCCGAAUGUCCGCAUCAAAUCAAAAACAUCCUCCAAUCGAUUCUGUCGCACGACGCUUGCAAAAACGGCCUUCCCACAAUCGACGGCCUGCUAAACGACCCUUUUUUCGCUAGGGUGCACCUGAAUUUGACUGACAAGGAUCGUGCCCACUUCAAGAUUCCUUCGGCUGCCAAGGAGCACCUGAAAACUGUUGUGCUGAAAAUUGAGGAACGGCUCAAAGGCGAGCAAAAGGUGGUGAGGAGCCAGAAACGGUUGACGAAAGUGCAAGAGAUGAUGAGCAGCGAGGAGGAGAGGAAAAAGCACAAGAGUAGAAUUAAACAAGAACGUCACUUGAGAGAACAGAGAAGCAAAGACGGUUCCACCAAAAAGAACCAGUUGGAAAGAUGCGACAGCGUGAACAGUAGCGCUCCUACUUCGGUCGGAACGGCUACUCCACCGUCAGUAGCUGGUUCUACCGUUCCUUCACCUCCACCUCCGCCGCCACCUCCAGUAGCGCCCGACAUACCUCCACCACCUCCGCCGUUACUCACCAAUGGCACGCCUGAAGCUCAUACCAAAGACAGAUCGGCGCUACUGGGCGCCAUUAGUGGUUUCGAUAAGUCGGCUUUGAAAAAAGUUCAAUCGGCAGUGAAAAAUUUACACGUUUAAUGUUCUGAAGCAUAUUAGGAAAGAUUCAAAUUUUACAGACACAAUGGAAAAAAUAACAAAGAAAGAUUUUAAAUCUGGAUUGCAGGUCAAUAUUUCCAUUAAGCAAAAAGUGGUAAGUUUUGGAUUUGAUUUAUAUAAACCUUGAUAUUAAACAAACCAGAACUUUAGAACUUAGAACUUAUUAAAACAUGGAAGAUCAAUAAAAAAAUAACGCACACUCAAAAACAAACAUUGUAAAAUCUACACAGGUCACAGACGUACCUAAUUAAAAAACAAAAUUUAAAAUAAUUUCCAUAACAUGUUCCCUGACUUGUUGUAAGUAAGGAGUUGAGACAAACAGGUCUUUUUCCGCCAUAAAAUUCAUAUAGGGUAAAUGGCUGACAAAUAACAAAUCGGCGUAAGUUAUAAAGCUUCCAACGAAAUACCCGUUGUUUUCUUUUGCCAUUUCUUCGAAUUUAUUCACAUAGGAAGGUACGAUUUCGUUAAAUAAAACCUUGCCGUAAGCUUCCUUCGUCGUUUUAUCUAGUUCAUAGCAGUAUUUGCGAAGUUUAGUACAAAAAUCAUUGAUUUCACGGACAGCGGCCUUGACUUGCAAAUCUUUGACCUCGUUUCUGCGCCAAGGCUCAAUGUUCUUAGCCUCCAAACUUUGAUGGGAAGUUUUAUCGGCGUGUUUCAAAACCGGCAUUUGACCGGCGGCGUGUUCCAAAACCGGCAUUUGACCGGCGGCGUGUUCCAAAACCGGCAUUUGACCGGCGGCGUGUUCCAAAACCGGCAUUUGACCGGCGGCGUGUUCCAAAACCGGCAUUUUACCGGAAGGCAUGGCUUCACACUGAUUUUCUAAAAGCUCUGCUGGUUCAUCUAUUUUUUCCAAAUUCCUGGGGGAUCGGGAUCUUGAUCUUAAUCUUUCUUUUAUAAUAUUUUUUGGGUCAGGUUGCCAGUAAUUUAGUUUUUUUUUUUUAUUUUAAAUUCCUCCAUCGCGAAAUCAGUAUCACUAUCACGUCACAACGUCACACGCCACGUUAGAGUAUCUACUGUACUCUAAAAAGUUCCAAUAAUUAAUAUCGAAGACUUUAUUUUGCUGAAAUGAUCCUCAACUAGUGAGUAUCUUUUCUGUAAAAACUAAAUCUGAGUUAUAGUUUUUAAAAGAAAAAAGAGAGAUCAUACACUAUAAUGUGAAAAAUUAGAAGAAAUCUCGUUUGAAGUUGGUAUUUUUACUUGAGAAGAAUAUUUUGCGGUGAUAAAAUGAAAUUUUCAAUCGUCACCAAGCAAUUCCAAAGCCAUAUUUGUAAAUUAUCUUAAUAUUGGGGCCAUUCGAACCUCUCGGUUAUCGUCAUAUAUUUAUUUAGUCAAAUAGUAUUAGAUGUUUGAUAGCUAUUAUUGUAUCAGUCUUUAGCUUAUAAUGAGUCAUUUUUACAGCUCUAUCAUUAAAAAAAAGUUUUCUUCCAAUAGUUAUAGUGCCAAAGAAUGCUUUGUAGUUUAACGUUCAAUAAGGCAAAACAGUUUUUUUCAAAAGUAUUCUAUAAAUAAAUACAAUUUUUGUUGAAAUAUAAAACUUGAUUUCCUAUAGCUUUAUGUUAAAAAAUAAAUAUGUUUAUUGUUCUCCUUUGUCACUUUGUUAUUAACGAGGAGCUAAUUAAUUUGCACUAAUAAAAGAGCCUGCACGUCUCUGUGUUUAAAAUUAUAUAUUACUCAUUCUUCCACUAGUGAUGUAAUGAGUUUAUUAUCCAUCUUAUUUUUUUCAAUAGUUGACAUAGUUUUUCUUCAUAUCAUUAGUCUAUUUGAAUAUGUACUAUAAUUAGUAAUUGUAAUAACUCCGUAAUCAAUCACUAUUAAAAAAAAUAUGCCUAAACUAUUUUAUACAUUAAUUAAUGUAGCUGUAUACCUAAAUGUUCCCUCGACAAGAAUUAGUAUAUUUUUCUCAUGUCAAAAUCCUUAUAUUAAGAAUAUUAUCAAUAAAUAUAUAAAAAAAAAAAUACUAGUCAUAUUUUAACUAAAUAUAUUUGUAUAAGUCGUGUUAUGUAUUGAUUGUAUGUUUUGUACAAAUUAAUUAGUUGUGGCAUUUUUAGUCGUGUCAGUUUAUUCCAUUAUUUCUAUUGUAAUAAUACCUUAAAUUAUUAUAUAACAAUAAUAAAGAGAUAAUAUACUUACUUGAUUUUUUUUUUUUUUGGAAAUUCAGUUGUAGUGAACGACUACAAAUCAAAUAGCUUCAUUUGGAAUUACAGUUCUGAGGAUAACAAUAAGUUUACUAAGAGCGGA